ACAUCUCCGUUUUUUGCCGUUUCCCUACUUUUCUUCCCCCUAUCUUCUGGGCUUAGCUGCUGUGCGCGCAUCCUGCCGGCCUUGGCGGCCGCUGCUGCACCGCAUGCUGAGUUGGCCCCGCAGGCUGCUGCUGCUGCUUGCCGGCUCGGGCAGCACGUACCGCUGUGGUACAUUGCUCGCAGUGCAAAACUCGGAGCAUAGUUCAGCGGCGUUCAAUUGGAUAUGAAAUGCUUUCGCAUUCAGAUCUCAUAAAAAGUGCUUAGGCGUCCUCGUCUUUCUUUCUUUUUUUGACAUACGCGUACAAAGAUACUCACUGAUUUCGGAUAUACGGCGAUCGGGCUUUUUUAUUUUAUUAAUUUAGUUUUGUAUAUGCGUUGGGUAUACGAACAGCAAAAUCUCAGUGCCCGAGCCCAAGAAGAUGAUCACAGGCGGUCGCUUGAGUUAUUUAUUUAUUUCACGUCGCCGGGACUAUUGUAGGAAUGUGGAAGUUUCAAUCGUACACAAAAAUCUUUUCAAUGACAUUGAACAAAACUUCAGAUCAUUUUAACGUUGUAUAGUUAAAGAAAACAAAAAAACCUUUGUUUAUGCAUGUCGCUUCCAAGCAUGUGCCAUGUAUGUGCCAAGGAGCAUGGCUGAAAACCGUCGUGGUCUUAUAUUUUAAUUCUUUUCCUUUUUCCUUCUUCACUUUUCUCUCACAUUUCCUUACUUGGUACCGCCUUCACCAAUUCAAGGUAGCCAACCGAACAGAACUUCUGUUUACCGCCUCUGUCUUUUCUUACCUUUAUUUAUUUCUAUUUAUUAUAGCGAGUGCUUCCUGUUAGCGUGCAACGCCUUAUGUGCCAUCGUACUGGACCCAUCUAAAGGCGCCAACAUUUUCUUCCAAUUCAUGUAAAUGAGAGACAGAGAGAGCAAAAAAAAAAAAAAACACUUCUUUUCUCUCUGCGUGGUCAGACAUUUUCCUUCUUUGAGGGACGGAACUGGCUUUCCGAUGUCGCUCACUUCAAAAAGGUUGAUAAACUGUUACAUUCGCUACAUAUCAAUCAAAGCCAAUGUGAAAAAGCUGUUUUUCUUUUCAAACAUUUGCAGUUGUUCCAGAAGGUGGGGAGAAGAAAACCACCUAUGCACCACCAACGCAAUUCACAGGGCAGCGCGACACUGAUGCCACAGAAGCGACGACUAAAUCGUCAUGGACUAAAUGGGCAACCGAUUUUUUCACUAGAGGCACCACAGCAACGAACACGGAAACGGCUAGUACUGCGGAAACAGGAAGGGCUACGGCAACAGAAGAAACGGCAACACAGCCACCGUUUGAGGUCACAUCGCCAUCCAGAACAGGAAAAACGCUGGCCACGACGGAGGCGCCACAUGGAGAGCCGACUUUAUCCACCAUCUCGGAACUGCCGACUGGGGGACCAACCACAGUUCCUGGUGCCACUGAGACAUAUACUCCCAGCACUGACGUGGCCACCGUUUUUCGUCCUAUAUAUACUCCGACGUUUCCGAGUACUGCCGCAGGCUGCUCCAUUCCGAAAGGAACAAAAGCUGGCUGCUGUCGAUCGCUCAGGAAUUUGUCCCAAGGGGCGCUCGUACAGCGACUGCGCGUACCGCUGCAACCAGACGUGCAACUUAUUCCUUCGAGCCCUGGUCAGCGACAGGAAGUGCCUCGGAGACGACGAGUGCGUGCCCGGAUGCCGGCCCACGUCGGGCUGCGAGGCGCCCCGCGUCUGGCUCGACUACGACACCUGCAUCGAAGAGGAGGAGUGCAGCUGUUCCUUCGAGGAAGAGGUGCUCGGGGUGGGUCGUCACUUCUAUUCACUUUGCCUGCGGCUGCCACCCACGGUAUCUGUCGCCACUACCGUCCACGCCACGGAAAUCUGGUUCCAGUCUACGUAUGCUGUACGGGAGUGUCGCUUUAUAAUCAGGGCCAAAGCUCUGGAUUAGCCGGAUACUAUCGGGGACAGGAGGUUCAGGCUAACAAAAAAAAAAAAAAAAAGAAUAGGAAGAAAGUAAAAAAAAAAGUGAGUAGAUCUUUCGUUUUCAGCCGACAUCCAAACAGUAGACAUAUACUGAAUCAAAUGAUCCAUUGCGCAUUCGGAUGUGCGGCUAAUUCCGUUUAAGCUCUAAAUUGAAGGCUAAAGGAAGAAAAAAAUGUUUGAUUGAAGGCAUAGUGUAUGAAGAUUUUUUACACACUAAUAUAGAACGCAGGAAGUGUCGCUGUUGGAUCCUUCUGAAUACACUGCUUGUACAAACAUUUACAUAAAAAUGCUAUGCGUUUCUUGGUGUUGUGUCUCAUGGCUUUGUAAAGUGACCGGUA